CUCUCCUUAUGGCAUCGGAAACUUCACAAUCCUGUCAAAAACACACAAUAAAACGGCGUCACAGUGAAUCUGAUGAAGACUCUGACUGGGAAAUUAAUUCGAGCAGGUCAAAUAGUAAAUUCCUGGAGUUGACAACAAUUCCUCAUGACACAAGAACAUGGGAACCGCAUAUAUUGGACAGGCUUCGCACAAGUUGGGAUGAUGCGCCAAAAAAUCCUGAAGAAUUGCUGAACAUUUGUGCAACUAUUCCUCCUCUCAAUGUAGAAUUAAAACAAGUCGCUGAUUACAUAUCAGAAAAAAUAAACAUUGACUUCCCUUUUGAACAGUUAAAAGCAAUGUCACUUGCAGAUCUUGAUUCUAUUGGACGGGAGCUAGUUGACAUUAAAAGCCAUCUUCAAGAACUUGCCCCAGCAGGGAACUAUUCUCAGUUAAAAAUGAAUGUUCAUACUCAUGGACAAGGUUUUGUGGAAGCAGUAAAGAAACUUAUCUAUUUCCUAAGUGUAGAAGAAACAUCAUAUGAAUCAUUGUUUGUUCCAGUGUUGAGAGAAUUUUGCAAAGCUUGCAGUUUCUUAGGAUGUGAUGGUAUUAAAAAAGAACUAAUUAUAGAGGGAUGUCCUGUCGCUGCUUUUCCAGAUUUGGAAUUCCAAGCAGUAAAAAUUCCAUUUGGUUCUUUACAGGGCUAUGCCACUGUUUCUACUGCAAAGUUGGAAGAAUGUGAUUAUUCAAGGGAUGAUGUGCACACAAGACAAAACACAAGACUAAACCCAGAACAAAGAGAGUCGGUUGGCUGUAAGUUUCUUCCUUGGGAUAUAAAAGGAGCAGCUCAGCAUGCUGGUCAGCUGUUGCUGGAAGUUAAAAGAUCUGCUUUUAAGCCAUGCAGUUUUGGAAUUAUGUUUAUUGGAUCAAAGAUUAUGCUGACAUGUCUUGAAGUCAGUUCAUAUUAUUUAAAUCAUAUAGGAGACAGAUUGAUGGAAGAGGACAAAGGAAAGCUGCACUACUCAGACUUGUUUGAUAUUUUUAAGGCUGGUGAUCGAAAGGUUUUGGUCAAUGCCUUCCUCAGAUUAGCACAAGCUCAGUCAGUAAUGACUUAAAUGAUACUGAUAAUGAGAUGUAUUGAUAAAGAAAAAGGACAUCUAUUGUGCUGGCAUUCUGAACAACAGAAAUGGAGAAUGUUGAACAUAGCAGCUUUUUUUUAUUGGAGAAGAUAUGAAAAUAUUCACCUACCAUGUGGUGGUAGAAUAUGAACACUCAUAAACAUGAUAAAGUUCUGACAAAUGUCCGAUUUAUUUGUCAAACGCUCAAAUAGUCAGUGCUGGACACUGUAAAAACUAUAUAUAUACUCUAACAGUGAAUUGAAUAAACUGAAUCUCAUUACAAUAUAAAUAUGUUGUCAUUUUACAAUUUCAUUUUGUAAAUAUAGAAUAAUUUAUGAUUUUUUUUAACGAAAAAAUGCAGAAAUCAUAAUGAUUUUUAA